GUUGAGAGUGGUACCUACAAUAUAGUGACAGCUUUGGUACCCAAGAUAGGUACCUCCUGAAAUUGAUUCUCACGGCUUCAAAGAGAUCAGAAUUCCUCUCUGGACCCUGGGAUCCUCAAUCAUCCAUCUUCAGCUUGGCAAGCCAUUCUCGCAAGCCACCGUGCCACUGUCUCCAUUCUCCUUGUCAUCUUCUUUGAGGGUGAAAAAUCAAACACAAACAAUCACAAGAUUGUCAGGUGGCAGGUGGCAGGUGGCAGUUGGUGGUUGGCACUUGCCUUAUCCUGCUUAUUCAACUUGGGCAGGUGCAUGUGGUGUUAAGUACAUCGCGACUGCCUCUCGAGACCCCUUCCUCUCAAAUCGGUUCAUGUUCCUAAUCCGUCCAUCAUUCCGCAAACACGCCGUCACCUUCUGCCUUCAACGUGGACAUCCAACGACAUCUGAAUUAAUAUAUCCAGUCCAGGUACCAAUUCUUGGACGGGGGUGGUGUGGGUUCUUCCAUUGGAUCAUAAAACGUGGAUAAGAUCUCUCGUCAUUCUCGCCUACUAUCUUCCUCUUUCCUCCCGGCAAAGUAGUCUGAAAAGACGACUGUUUACUUGCUGUGGCUCGCUCCCCCCAUCUUCCAAGAUGAAGAACUAUCAUUUCGAGUCCCAUCCACUCCCCAACCCCGAAUCAGUCAUUUCAGGCGACAACUAUCGCUUCACGGUCCUGACAGAUCGACUGAUCCGCUACGAAUGGUCCCCAGACGGCAAAUUUGAAGACCGCGCCUCCACCUUUGCCAUCAACCGAUCCUUUCCAACUCCAAAGUUCCACAAGGUCGAGCAAGAUGACCAAAUCGACAUUAUCACUGACCAUUUUCACAUCACCUACGACAAGAAACGCUUUAGCCCCAGCGGCCUUCUUGCCAGCUUCUCGGCAAAAAUAACCCUCUGGGGAGCCCAGUGGCGAUACGAGGACAACCCUGGCUCCCUGCCCAACCUCGGUGGCACCGCUAGAACCUUGGAUGAGUGUGAUGGUCCAUGCAAAUUAGGUGACGGUGUCUUGAGCAGGUCCGGAUACGCUGCCAUCGAUGAUAGCAAGAGUAUGUUGUUCGACGGCAAGGGCUUUGUCGCGGGGAGAGAGCUCGGUGACAGGAUCGACGGCUAUCUCUUCGCCCACGGUCACGAUUACAAGGCUGCCAUCAAAGAUCUCUACGCCUUGAGCGGCAAGCAGCCGUUGUUGCCCAGGUGGGCCUUGGGAAACUGGUGGUCUCGCUACUACCGCUACGAGCAGCAAGAAUACAUCGACCUCAUGGACGAGUUUCGCGGCAAAGACAUCCCUCUGUCAGUCGCUGUUAUUGACAUGGACUGGCAUCUGGUGGAUGAUGAUCGAGUUCCACACGCUGGCUGGACCGGCUACACCUGGGAUGACAAGAUCUUUCCUGAUCCGAAAAAGUUUGGCAAGGACCUACACGACCGAAACCUCAAAAUCACCUUGAAUGAUCAUCCUCAUUCUGGAAUCCAUCAUCACGAGGACUCUUAUGAGGAAAUGGCAAAGUUUUUGGGUCACGAUACCUCUCAAAAACAUCCCAUCCAGUUUGACCCCACCAGUCCAAAGUUUAUCGAGGCAUAUCUAUCGAUUCUGCAUCGCAACCUGGAAAAGACAGCCUGCGAUUUCUGGUGGAUCGACUGGCAGCAGGGCGCCCAUACCAAGAUCCCCGGCAUCGAUCCCCUUUGGCUGCUGAACCACUUUCAUUUCCUCGACAAUGCCCUUGAUGGGAAGCGUCCUCUCAUCUUUUCCCGAUAUGCAGGACCAGGCUCACACCGUUACCCAGUGGGAUUCUCUGGCGACACUGUCACCACCUGGGCCAGCCUGAAAUUCCAACCCGAGUUCACUGCCACCGCCAGUAAUAUUGGUUAUGGUUGGUGGAGUCACGACAUUGGCGGACACAUGUUGGGCACCCGAGACGAUGAGCUGGUAACUCGCUGGGUACAAUUUGGCGUCUUUUCACCUAUCAUGCGUCUUCAUUCUUCCAAUUCCCAAUGGACCUCCAAGGAGCCGUGGAAAUAUCGAAAGGAGUCGGAGAUUGUGAUUCGAAACUUUAUGCGACUCCGCCAUCGCAUGAUCCCCUUCUUGUACACCAGAAACGUGAUUUGUGCGACACAAGACGAACCUCUUGUGCAGCCCAUGUACUGGUCCUUCCCUGCUCGAGACGAGGCAUAUUCGGUCCCCAACCAAUACUUUUUCGGCGGAGAUCUGAUCGUGGCUCCAAUCGUCACGCCGAGGGAUAAGAGGACCAACCUGGGGAGUGUCAAGGUCUGGGUGCCGCCGAGCUCCGGCCGAUGGGUCGAUAUUUUUACGGGGACCGUGUAUGAUGAGGAUCGGGAAUUGAACAUGUACCGUCCGCUGCAUGAGAUCCCAGUGUUGGCACAUGAGGGCUCCAUCAUUCCUCUUGAUGCUGCCGCGGCUCCCGAUAAUGGUGGCAAGAAUCCCGAUGCCUUUGAGAUUCUGGUAGUUGUCGGUCGUGACGGACAAAGCAGUGUGUUGGAGGAUCCGCAAGAUGACUCGAACGACGCAGAACGGGCAGCUCCCAGCAGUGGGGAGAGGGGAAGCUUGAUUCAACUUGACCAGCAGAAAGGUGUCCUGACCGCUCAUGUCACAGGUCGGACGUGGUCAUUCCGCUUCCUCGCAGUCACCGAAGUGCCCAAGGGGCUACAGGUGGAGGUGGACGGAAAAGACAUCACGAAAGAGGCCGAGGUCACGGUGGAGAAAUUCCCCAACGUUCCAUCACUCGUUGUCCAUGUGCCAGCGUCAUGCACAACCCAGUCGGCACAUGAUAAGAAAUGUCAAAUCCAGAUUUCUCUGGGCCCGGAUCCCCAAUUGAGCGUCUUGGACCAUAAGGAGCGGAUAGCACGAUUGCUCUUGGACUGGCAGACCGAUUUUGAUAUCAAGGACCGGGUAUGGAGUGUGGUCUCGGACCGCAAAAGUGGAAUCAAUGUCAAAAUUGGAAAACUAAUGAGUUUGAGCGUGGAUGAGAGAUUCACAGAGCCUGUGGCCGAGUUGAUCCUGUCAGAUCAUCGAGGAAUGCACCUAUAGAGAUGGAGAUAUCUGGGAUUUGAGGUAUAGUCUGGAAAUACAAUACAGCACAGAGGGUGUGCUCAUGGGUAAAUGGAUUAAAAACACUGACAAUCAAUCACACAAACCAAACCAAAGCUAUGCUGUAGUUUGCAUCUCUCAUUGCUAUGAUGGUCACUUGAAAUCUGAUAUUGCAAGAUUUCUUGGACCAAUCAGACGACGGGAGCAAUGUGAUUGGCUGAGAAACGGGGUCCUUGGGCUUAGGAGGAAGGCAGGUUGGCGACGCUCCAGGUACCUGCAGUAACAGUAACUUGCUAGAUUAUUAAAGGACUUAUUAGAGGUAAG